UGCAAUCUGAACGAUGUCCAUUUUGUGAAAGCCGGUCAGUCGACUAAAGCUUCGUCCCCGUGUCAAGGAAGAUUCAAAGAAAAACAGAUUUUGGGCAGACCCGUCGAUCGCUAGCCAGUUAUCAUCCGAAAGCAAAGUCAAUCUUAUCGUAUGUCCGCUAUCCAGAACCUCCAAACUUUCGACCCAUUUGCAGAUGCAACUAAGGGUAAUGACAGACUCCCAUCUGGGACUGACGACUACAUCCACAUAAGAAUCCAGCAGCGUAACGGCAGGAAGACUCUGACCACGGUCCAGGGCAUAGCCAUCGACUAUGAUAAGAAGAAGCUAGUCAAGGCCUUUAAGAAGAAAUUUGCCUGCAAUGGGACAGUGAUUGAGCACCCAGAGUAUGGGGAAGUGAUUCAGCUGCAAGGUGACCAGCGCAAGAAUAUCUGCACGUUUCUGAUUGAGAUUGGCCUGGCGAAAGAGGAGCAGCUCAAGGUCCACGGAUUCUAGAAGCUCUCAGCAGCCUCAUCUCCCCUUGUCCUGAUACACUACAUGGCCAAAAUUAUGUGGACACCCCUUCAAAUUAGUGGAUUCGGCUAUUUCGGUCACACCCAUUGCUGACCGGUGUAUAAAAUAGUGUACACGCCAUCCAAUCUCCAUAGACAAACAUUGGCAGUAGAAUGGUCCGUACUGAAGAGCUCAGUGACUUUCAACGUGGCACCGUCAUAGGAUGCCACCUUUCCAACAAGUCAGUUCGUCAAAUUUCUGCCUUGCUAGAGCUACCCCGGUCAACUGUAAGUGCUGUUAUUGUGAAGUGGAAACGUCUAGGAGCAACAACGGCUCAGCCGAGAAGUGGUAGGCCGCACAAGCUCACAGAAGGGGAUCGCCAAGUGCUGAAGCAAGUAGCAUGUAAAGAUCGUCUGUCCUCUGUUGCAACACUUACUACUGAGUUCCAAACUGCCUCUGGUAGCAACGUCAGCACAAUAACUGUUCGUCGGGAGCUUCAUGAAAUGGGUUUCCAUGGCCGAGCAGCCGCACACACGCCUCAGAUCACCAUGCGCAAUGCGAAGCGUCGGCUGGAGUGGUGUAAAGCUCACCGCCAUUGGACACUGGAGCAGUGGAAACGCAUUCUCUGGAGUGAUGAAUCACGCUUCACCAUCUGGCAGUCUGAUGGGCGAAUCUGGGUUUGGCGGAUGCCAGGAGAACGCUACCUGCCCGAAUGCAUAGUGCCAACUGUAAAGUUUGGUGGGGAAGGAAUAAUGGUCUGGGGCUGUUUUUCAUGGUUUGGGCUAGGCCCCUUAGUUCCAGUAAAGGGAAAUCUUAACGCUGCAGCAUACAAUGAAAUUCUAGAUGAUUCUGUGCUUCCAACUUUGUGGCAACAGUUUGGAGAAGGCCCUUUCCUGUUUCAGCAUGACAAUGCCCCCAUGCACAAAGCGAGGUCCGUACAGGACUGGUUUGUUGAGCUCGGUGUGGAAGAACUUGAUUGGCCUGCACAGAGCCCUGACCUCAACCCCAUCGAACACCUUUGGGAUGAAUUGGAACGCCGACUGCGAGCCAGGCCUAAUCGACCAACAUCAGUGCCCGACCUCACUAAUGCUCUUGUGGCUGAAUGGAAGCAAGUCCCUGCAGCAAUGUUCCAACAUUUAGUGGAAAGCCUUCCCAGAAGAGUGGAGGCUGUUAUAGCAGCAAAGGGGGGACCAACUCCAUAUUAAUUCCCAUGAGAUUGACAACCAGGUGUCCACAUACUUUUGGUCAUGUACACUGAAUAAAAAUAUAACUGCAGCAAUUUCAAUGAUUUUACUGCGUUACAGUUCAUAAAAGAAAUCAGACAAUUUAAAUAAAUUCAUUAGGCCCUAAUCUAUUGAUUUCAUAUGAAUGGGCAGUGCCGCAGCAAUGGGUGGGUCUGGGGGGGGCAUAGGCCUACCAUCUUGGGAGCCAAGCCCAAUCAAUCAGAAUGAAUUUUUCCUGACAAAAGGGCUUUAAUUACAGACCACCUCAGUAACCUUUCAUUUACAGGGAUGUAAAACAAAUUUGUGCACAAAAUUUGAGAAAUGUUUUUUGUGCUUUUGGCAAAUGUUUAUGAGCUUCUAUUUCAGCUUGUAAAAUGUUGGUUCCACAUUUCAAAUGUUGCAUUUAUAUUUUUGUUCAGUGCUGUGCCAAUAUCUGUUUAAAUAUUUUCCCCUUUAGAUUUGGUUUGUAUUGAAUUUAUGUCUGUGCCCAGUGGUGUCCUUCGUUUGCUUAUCUACUUUCCCUCCCACUACUGUUUGCUGAAAGGAUGGGCUAGAAUUCUACUUGGUGACAGGUGUUCAGUGGUCCCCAUGUAGACCUACCUGGUUCUGAAGGUUAUCGAUCAUCCCCAGGUGGCAAGUCAUGUCUUUACGGUCACCAAGGGAUCUUCUCUCCCAAUGUUCCUUGAUCUGUAGCUCAAGCUGCGUGUUGGUUCCCUCUAGUGAGUGCACCUGAGCCACACAACAUCGAGCCUCACACAUUCAUACAACACACAUCCUAGGUAGACUUCUCACUGUUUUAGCCACUAAGAGAGGAAUCACAACUGAGUACUUGAAAGCACUGGGUGGCCGUUCUAUCGCAUCUGACCAGAAUAUCAUUUGAUUUUUACAUCUAAUGAUAGGAGAAAGUGAAUGGUAGUUCUUUAGGCUAACAGUGAAAAAAGAAAACCCUACAAUUGUGAUGCGAAAAGGUAUCUAAUUUAGAUUCUCCGUGUAGGACGCAAAGCGACCAUUAAGAUCUUCCAGGUUCUCCCUCUUGCUGAUGCACAGGGAGCUUGAGAAUUUUGUCAUGCUCCCCGAGACACUUGAUGCAUACCCCAUUAAGGUCUAAUACCCUCCUGCACCACCACAAACACUGUUCCAGUGUCCCCCUCUGCAGUCGUGGGAGAGCUGCUUAGCGCCACUGGCACGGAACAACUGCAUUGAUGCUGUCAACGUCCCUCCAACCUGGGGUCUGAUGUGAUGCUAUAAAGGGCUUUUUUGAACUGUGCAAAAAUGUUACAUGUUUUUGUCUAUUGAAAGCAAGGGUGGGUGUGAAGAAACCCUGCCCACCACAGAUCUACAAAAACAGUUGUGGGUAUGUCUAUGAUGGAAUUAUGUUUUCUUCUCUUUCAAAUGUAAAUUGGAUGGUUCUGAAGGCAGGAUCACAGUGGAAAAAGGUCUGUAUGGAGACAGAAUACCUUGUAAAACGUUUUUUUUUUUCUUGAAGUGGACCAAUAAAUACAUUUUUAAGUUGC